AUGAACCUGGGUAUGGAUGCCUGUACAGUAUUGGUGCUGUUUGGAAAUAAAAACAUGUUUUCAGAACAGUUUCUCUCUCUCUCUCUCCUGAAGGUCAUAUCGAGUUCACCUGGCAGCAGCUGAUGAUUGGAGUUCAAAGUUCAAUCAUAACGUUUCCAAUUAAUCUCCUCAUUGUGAGUAUCUUCAGAAACACCCGCCCCCGAGAAACGAAGCCUGGAAAGCCCAAGGCAGAGGUGUCCAAGCAGGGGAAGACUGGCAGAGUGUCUCCCUCACAGCCCCCUCCCCACAGAGGGAGAGAGAACUCAUGCCAGACACAGUAAUCAAAGUAAAACAAGUAAAUAUAUUAAUAUUCCAAUUGAAGUCAACAAAUCCCUCGCAUAAAAUCUAAUUUUAGAUACUGUAUGUCAGUCAUGAUUUGUAAGUAGACAGUUGAUUGUCUUUAUUCUGUAUUCUCACCACAUUAGCAAGGCUGUUAAUUUACUGUAUUCUCUCAGGACAUAAAGAAUAUUGCCCAGUCACUCUCCAAGGCUAUGAAGAGCCCCAUUCCACGCCUGGAGUUAGAGAUGAAGCCUGGACAACAGACUGAUAUCAACACUCUGCUCUCUCUGGUGGAGGAUAUCAUCCGGCAACAGAACCGAGACGGUGGGGAGUUCUACACUGAUGCCUCCAAGAAAGAGGGAUCACUCAUUCUCUCACUAGGGGCAGUCAAUCUGCAAGGUACAGCCGAAGCCUCCAGAUCCUACAUUGAUGAUCAUCAGUAUUGGUUAAAAGUUUGAAACUCUGUCUGACCCAAGUAUUUCCUAUGCCCCUCUGUUUUCAGAGACCAGCCUGUGUGGGAGCCCUGAGAAGACUGGGGAUGGGAGCCAGAAAAGGAGCAACAACAGCCAGUAUCUGUACAGGCAGCUACGUCAUGUAGAGAAGGAGCUGAGCCUACUGGGACCCUCUCGCUUCCCCAACCCAGACAGCUACUGCCGGGCAGUGCAGCAGGUCCGGGGCAUGAAGGGGCUGCUAGAGUCCCACCUCUCCUCUUCCAGCCUUGGAGGGGACCAGCUGGCUCGAAGCCCAGGCCAAGCAGAGAGCAGUGAUGGGGACAGUGGCAGUAAAAAGUGCUGUCAAGGCGGGCUUCCCUGGUGGUUUGUGUUUAUUGGCUGGAUUCUGGUGUUAGCCACCAGCGGAGUAUCAGGAUAAUUCACCAUGAUUUAUGGGCUGACCUAUGGGAAGGACCGCUCUAUAGCUGGCUCAUCUCCAUGGCCAUGUCUUUCUUUCAAAGCCUCCUGAUCAUUCAGCCGCUGAAGGUGAGAAAUCAGAUUAGAACUUUCUAAUUUCAAUGUAAAAUAUCUAUCUGUAAUCUAGGUAUUGCUAUGUGGAUUUCUUAUCACAGGUGCUAGGUUUUGCAGCCUUCUUUACUCUCGUUCUGAAGAAAGUUGAUCAGGAGGAGUAUGGGGAUCCAAAAAUCGAGGGGGCACUCAGAAACCCAGGUUCUUUGUUUUCCUUAUUCACAGUUUUGGGGAAAUUCUGUUUACUUGUACAUUAGCUAGACUUUUACAACAUUAAGCAGUGUGAGAUGACACAGUCUGGUCCACAGAUGACCCUGAUGCAGUGUGGGCUGUCAGAAGGGAUAGCACAUGCAACUUCUACCAGCCCCCUCCUCCCAUAGACAUCGAGAGGAUGAGGAACAACAUGAUCAAGGAGCAGAAGGUCUUCGCCCUCAUCAAAGAGAUUCUCAGUAAGAGGAACCGCUUUUUCAUCCACUGCACCUAUUGGUUAACAUACAUGUUUAAGGCCUAUUAUUCUUUUGCAGCCUACAUGGGGUUCAUGUGGAUGUUGCUCCUGGUGGCGUAUGGUCAGAGGGACCCUAACGCUUACUUCCUGACUCAGCACAUUCGGCAGAGCUUCAGCCAAGGGAUCUCAGACAGCAUGAGCCACGGAAAUGUGUUCACCUGGGCAAAUACCUCUCUUCUCAGCAACCUCUUCGGAGAGUACCCAGGUAGCAUUCUCUACUCAAAAACAAGAGGAUGUUUAUUUCUUGGAGAAACAUGUAGCUUUAAAAUCUCAUAAAAAAGGUAAAGAUUGAGUCCUGUGUCAACAAAAGCAAAUUGUGUGUUAUAGGUUUCAUCACAGAUGGGAACUCCAAACUGGUUGGUAAUGCCCGUCUUCGCCAGGUGAGGGUGCAGAAGAACUCCUGCCGCAUCGCCCGCUCCAUGCGCCAGUCUGUUCCUGACUGUCAUGCUCCAUACUCAUGGGAGGUGGAGGACAUGGGCUCCUAUGGGCCAGGCUGGAACCGCUCGGGGAGUGAAAACACCUCAAAGACCCUCCGCAGCCCCUGGCAAUACCAAACCCAGGCCCGACUCAGAGCCCAACCCAUCUGGGGUCGUGUGGUUCUCUACAGGGGAGGGUGGUUUGUGGUGGACCUGGGCCCUGACUCACAGAAUGCUAGCAGGUAAGCUCACAAUUACCAAUGCUUCAAAUUGAUCACAAUUAUCAUGCCAUAGCAAAUCAAAUCCGUCUUGUGUAUUGAGAGGGACAGAUUACCGAUGAGGCACACUAGGAGGUGUAGAAUAGCAGGAAAUUAUCUUUAAACCUGCAACAAAAAAAUCUGCCUCAUGACAAAAUGUGUAGAAUAGCAUUCUAAAACUGCACGUUUUAGACAAAAAAUGUGUUGAAAUGCAGAAGAGAAAAUUAAUAUAAUUGAGGUUCGUGCCCCGGGGCCCCAAAUGCUGUAUUCUGGGCCUGUGUAUUGAAGGGUGUUAUUUAAUUAAUCCAUGUUUUCUGUCCCUGCAGUACCCUUCAGUAUCUGUUUGACAACACCUGGCUUGAUAUGUUCACCCGGGCAGUCUUUGUAGAGUUCACCGUGUACAAUGCCAAUGUCAACCUCUUCUGCAUUGUCACACUCAUGCUGGAGACCACAGCUGUAGGUGAGACAGUUGUUAUAUCACUCCAUGAAUACAGCACAAAGUAAGUAUUUAAAGGCACCCAAAGCUCAGAUUGUCAGCACCUGUCUUAUUCUCUCAGGAGCGUUCCAGUUUCGCAGUGAGCUGCAGAGUGUCCGACUGUACCAGUCCACCGGUGGACUCCACAUCUUUGUCAUGGCCUCUGAGGUCAUCUAUUUCCUCUUUAUCCUCUACUACAUGUUUGUUCAGGUAAGCUGUAAUUUAAAUACCUUUCUUAUGUGUAAAGAGUAUAAAAUCAGUGACACAAUGGUCUAGUGCCAUUGUUCUGGAAUUCCUCCUCAGUCUAACUCUUUUCAUCUCCUCACAGGGAAAGCUGAUGAAGCAGCAGAAGUGGGCUUACUUCAAGACAAAGUGGAACCUGCUGGAUCUGGCCAUCAUCCUCCUGAGCUGGAGCGCAUUGUCUGUCUUCAUCAAGAGGACCCUGUUAGGGAACCGGGACAUGGAGUACUACCACAACCAUAAAGACCAGUGAGUUCACACUGUGUUGGGGUAUCAUGGGUCAUUUGUUAUCCUCAGUCUCACAUCUCUACUGAUGGUCAGCUCCUGUGUGAUGUUUAGCAUCUCCGCUCUCUAUCCAGGUUUGCCAGUUUCCGUGAGACAGCCAUAGCAGAUGCAGUGCUGGGGUAUCUGAUCGCAUUCCUGGUGGUACUGGCUACAGUCAAACUGUGGCACCUGAUGAGGUUCAACCCCAAGCUACACAUGAUCACAGCCACAUUGCAACGGGCCUGGACUGACAUAUCAGGCUUCCUCGUGGUCAUCACCAUUAUGUUCCUGGCCUAUUCUAUUACUGUAAGGGUCUACCUGGAAAACAUUAUUUCUUGUGCUUUCCUUCUCCAACUUUCCCAUUUGGCAUUCGCUUGCAGCAAUGCAUUUGUAUUCCUAAAAAAUUGUGAUGUGCUUGCUUUUGUGAUAAUUGUCUCUUCAGUUUAUCAGAAUCUUUCACUUUUCACAGCUGAGUUAUGAUUCAUUGCGCUUUGAGACUAAAUCUAUCAUGUGAUCAUUGUCUGCAGUCUAAUCUGAUGUAUGGCUGGAAGCUGUACUCAUAUAGGACUUUCCUGGAUUCUGCUCUGACCAUGGUCAGCUUGCAACUGGGUAUCUUUAACUAUGACAAGGUUAGUAAAGGAAAGGACAGCUCUCUAAAUUACAGCUAUGGUCAUGAUGGCAGGUCUAUGAUUGGUAACAUCUCCUUCCAAUCCAGGUUCUUGAUUACAACCCGGUGCUUGGUGCGUUCCUCAUCGGCUCCUGCAUUAUAUUCAUGACCUUUGUGGUUCUGAACCUGUUCAUCUCUGUCAUCAUGGUGGCGUUCACUCAAGAGAAAAUACAUCACAAGGUACUGUGCAUCAUAAUCAUAUAAUAUUCUGUGCUUAUUCUAAUUUAUACAACAGAUGGGUCUAAUCCUGAAUGCUGAUUGGUUAAAACUGCAUUCCAGCCGGUGUCUAUUCAACAAGUUACCACCGGCUAAAUCUAUGACGUUAAAAUGCCUAUUUACUCUGUUCCAUCUGACUGCACAAUCCACUGUCUUGUCAGCCCAGCCAAGCAAUUUAUAAACUUGAUCUCCACUAUAAAAGCAUCUAGACAUUAUCUCACAUUUCUUUUAGACUAACAUUUAGUUUUCAACAGCGGAGAUUUGUAUAAACCUUGCUGUCUGUCUCUCCAACAUUUGAAACAUUGUUUCAAUAUUCAAAUGUGAUCUCCAGCUGUCCCAUAGUAAUGAAUGUGUCGGGAGUCGGGAGGAGACAGACAGGCAGGCAGCGUUUGUCAGCCAGUCGAAAUCAUGAAUCAGCUGGCGUCAUUUUUAUGGAUAUAUACAAAGAAAUGUCAAUUUAAAAAAGGUCAAACGAAACGAAGUGCAGCUAGUUUGCAAUCUUUCCAGCUUCAGUUUGAAGUGCUUGUGUUAGCUGUGAUGUUGGCUAGCUCCUCUGAACAACAGUGUCCUGACGAGUGAGCCAUUUUCUAUGCCAAGCGAAAUCGUGCCUCAUUAGCUCAUUGUUAUGGAUGUAUCCAAAUAAAUGUCACUAGAAAACAGUUUAAACAAAUGCAAAUGCAGCUACUUUGCUGUUAUUCUAGCUGCACUUUUUGACGUGACUGUAAGUUAGCCGUAGUUGGCUAGCUAGCAAGCAAGGGAUAAGAACAUUGCCAGCCAGUAUGGCAAUGGAACAUUUAGAACAAACGACUGGGUCAUGUCCAUAAAUACAGAACAAAAAGACUGAACGACUGGGUCGCGUCCAUAGAUACAGAACAAAAAGACUGAAUGAGCAGGCGGCUUGCGUAGCAACCCUAGAUUUGUGUCAGGACUAUAUCUUGUGGAAGGAUGAAAUAGUAUGAAUAAAUUAAUCAAAAAUAACGUUUUUAAUGAAAAUAUGUCGAUAAUUAUUAUUAUAUGUUGGUAACCUGUUGUAUAAAAGUGAUAAUGCCCUCGAAGCCGGUGUUUGGAGGAUAUAUUGGCACGGUUUGCAGCUGCUAACAACACCCGUGCCAAUAUAUCCUCCAAAUACCGGCUUUGAGGGCAUUAUCACUUAAAUAAUACAGUAUCAACACCACCAUUUAACAGGGACCAUUGGCUACUGUAGGUGAAUCAAUGUAAGACCAAUACAUCAGAUUUGACUGAUGAGGUCCAAAACUUUUUUUUUUACAGCCCUCAGAGGAGGAGGAGAUAGUGGAUCUGAUGCUGAUGAAGCUCUGCAACUUGUUUGGGAUCAAAUGUAAGAAUGAGAAAGAAGAAAGUAACAGUCUCAAGGUGAAUGCCAACAAUGCCUCUGUUACUAAAAAAGAAGCCUCCACUAUAUCCUCAUAGAUGCUUAAUUCUCAGUAAAGAUCUGCCACUCUGUAUGAAUUGAUAUUGGAACUGCUUUCAUUUAUGUUACUAAAUAGGAGUAUUAAAACAUGUUAUAUCAAGACUUUUGCGCCACUUGUAUGGUUGCUUGUAGCUGUUUAUCAAAUCUAGCUAUGUUCUAUCAAUAUGUACAGGAAAUAAUAAUCCCUCUAUCUAACAAUUCUGCUUUUUUAAAUAUAUUUAGUUUCAAAAUAAAUAGACAAAAUAAAGGGUGUUGAACCAUAGUAAACUGUAUUCUAUCAUCAUUAUAAUGGGUUGCAUUAAGAUCAGAUAAAAGGCCUGAGAUGACUGUUGUGGACAGCGCAAUUAAUUCUGAUCACCUUCCCUAGGAUAAAGAACUAUUACAGAAACUGUUUUUACGUGUAAGAGUUGGGUGCUGACCUGAGUUCAAAUACAUGUGUAUUUGAAUAUUUGUUAUAUAAAUAAUUUUUUCUGUGUAUUUGAGUAAUUUCAAAUACACAUCCUGUAUUUGAGUAUUUUCAAAUACACAGCCCAAAACAAGUACCUUUAUUUGAGUAUUUGAAUGGUUACAACUAAAUUGUAUUUGUAAGUAUUUUCAAAUACCUGGGUUAAAUGCAUUUUUUUUCUUCAAAUAAAGUUUAUCUGAAUACUUGUUUUGAAAUGUAUUGUAAAAUAAUUGAAAACCUGAAAAAGUAUUUUAACCCCAGUCUGGUUGGGUGACAGUUAGACAUGCUUGAUUGACAGGCAAUGUCGAAGUUGAGUGAAGUUUCACCCAGCUCAGUGGUUGCAUCAGGUCUACCAUCCUCUAUCCUACAAAUAUAAAUAAGCCACACAAUGAAACAAUGAAAACGAACACAGUUGGUUAUAGGCUAAACUAGCCCUACCAUGCAUAGAUUAAGCAGAAAACAAGUUUGGCUUGACUGGCCCUUAGUUGCAUGGACAAACUGUAAGCUUGGCUAGCUACUGUAGCUAGCUACAACAUAGCUGUUUUUCGCAACGCUGGUAUAUUUACAUACACUAGUGUUGCUCCCUAUUGUAUUGGGUUGCACACAAAACAGUCCGUGGGAAGCCAGAAGUAAAUACAAAUUCCAUUUAAACUUACUGUGCUGGUGGGCAGGAUGGUUGGUCAUUAAAGGGAUACUUCAGGAUUUUGGCAAUGAGGCCAAAAAAAUAGUCUAAAAAAAAGCGACUGUUUUCUGGCAGCUGCGUGGCACCAUUUUCCCUGCAUUUUCCCCCACUAGCAAUUCGAAUAUCAGCCAAUGAGCUUUUCGCCAUUUGAGUGACAGCUAGCAAGAUGAACACAAAGCAGAGCGAAAAAGAGCAAUGAUGUGGUGCACAUAUCUGCAAAUAUGUGAUGUAGUACGCACUCUUCGGGAAACACUUUUGGCUCGUGAGCGCUACUUUCAGAACUACUUUCUAAAAAGUAUACAAAAGUACUGGAGAAUCUCUUUAAGACAGAAGGACUUACCUAAUAUCUAAAGGAACAUAUUAUUAAAAAUACUUUCCAAACAUGGGUCUGUUGUGGGCCCACUUCCUCUCUGCUUACCUCAUGUCAAAAUUAAAUUCCCCCACAAGUUAUUCCUUUUUUGUCAGCAUAUGGCGGUCAACUGGAAGUGGGUAUACAACAGACCCAUGUUUGGAAAGUUUGUUUAAUAAUAUUUUAAUAAUAUGUUUAAUAUUUUGUCUUAAUGUCCAACCGUCCUGCCCACCAGUAAGUUGAAAUGGAAUUGUAUUUAAUUUCUGGCUUCCCGCUAACUGUUUUUGUGCAACCCAAUACAAUAAGGAGCAACGCUAGUGUAUGCAAAUGUAGUGUUGCCAUAUGGCCAAAACAAAAGUGAAAAAAUUAAUUAUUCUAAAAUUGAAGAAAAAAUAUAACAUAUAAUUGCAAAUAAUGUCUAAACAACUCAAAACAUUACGUGGCCACCGUUGAAUUAACAUUUAUAUCAAAUUUAAUUAACCAUUUCAUGCAUUAGUGCUUUGAAUUUGUCCUCUGGUGUGGCAUCAUUAUUCAUGUAAUAUAAAUGUUCAAAUAGACAAGAAAAUGAUUUGUAUUCAUUAUUAGUUACUUCUGUCUUUAAAGCAGUCAUGAUUUUCUCAAAUUUCAAUUGAAAAACAAAUAAUUUCCUUGUACAAUGAUAAUAACCAUUGUACCAGCCAUGUGUACUUAGACUUAAAUGGCUUAAUCUUUGAGCCAAGCAUAUGCUACUGGCAGGAUCAACCAGGUAGCCCCUAGCAACAUUGAGGUUAACCUUGGUGCACAGUGAGGAGGAGACCCGCUCGCACCCAGUGGGAGGCCUCGACCUAUCCAGAGCAGCCAGCAGCAGCAGACCAUGCGACACAGUCCCCCUAAAAAAUUAACCAUAUUUGGUUGGUAGAGACCCUACUGAGUCUUUCCACCCCACUUUAGCGGAGACAGGUAGUAACGUUUUUUCUCUACAGCCCAAUAUUCUCAGCAUACCAGUGUCAACAUUGUGUUUUUGCAUUAUUGAAAAAAACGUUUUUUAAACCAUAUCUUUUGUUUGAUUUCAUAAAUUACUUAUGGCCUUUUCUUGUUGCCACAAUAAAAGUGGCCAUUGAUUAAAAUUCAAUAUCUUUUUAAUCAGCUAAUGAGAUUACAAUCUGUUGAAAUGCAGGCUUUUAUUUUAUUAAGGUUUCCUCAUUCCCCUAUGAAAGUACAUUUACAUUUUAGUCAUUUAGCAGACGCUCUUAUCCAGAGCGACUUACAGUUAGUGAAUACAUAUUUUUAUUUUUUUCAUACUGGUCCCCCGUGGGAAUCGAACCCACAACCCUGGCGUUGCAAACGCCAUGCUCUAUCAACUGAGCUACAUCCCUGCCGGCCAUUCCCUCCCCUACCCUGGACAACGCUAGGCCAAUUGUGCGCUGCCCAUGAGUCUCCCGGUCACGGCCGGCUGCGACAGAGCCUGGAUUCAAACCAGGAUCUCUAGUGGCACAGCUAGCACUGCAAUGCAGUGCCUUAGACCACUGCGCCACUCAGGAGACUAAGUAAUGUCAUAAUUUGUGCUGCUGGCAGAAUAGUACUGGGUUGAGAGCGGGAACAUAGUUCAUGGUGGCUCUAAUACUCUACUACUAAAAAUACAAACUUUUUUGAUAUGUCCUUGAAAUACUUUGAAAAGGAAAUUCUGACUGUAAAAAUAUGUUGAUUUCUUAUCAUUUGAAUAAGACAGGUUAGGGCUUCUGCUAGGGUUUGAAUAGUGGUUGGAUAUACAGUAUAAAGGUCUCUCUCUCUAACCAGAGUAGCCUACUGUAGUCUAUAGCACUGCCUACUGGGCACAAUUAUCUUAUACUGCAUGGAGGCUGCAAUGAGUGUUACAUUAUUGGCAGCCUUAAAGGCAGAGUAAAACUUGGAGGCUGUUGACAGAGGACCUUAUUACAGCCCAUUCACCAUAGGCCUGUGCUCUGUUUGUUUGUGAACAAGGAUAAUGCGUCCAAUGGGAACUCACAAAGCCAGAUUGUAAGGCGGACAGCCCUUUGUUGGAGCCAGAACAGAUCAUUCUGUGGUGUUGAAGUGGUGGCAGGGAAUUGCUGACGUCAGUCCCCUUUAAAGACAGCAUGUCACCAGGCUGCCAGUAACAGUGCACAGGUGAAGGGGUGAAGAUGGACAGCACUAAUCUCUCUGGGUUGCUCUUGAUGGUUCUGCUCUUAAGCCUGUCUUGUGCUGAGGAUGAGAUAGCAGCUUUAUCCUGCCCAGAGUACCAAGAGGGCUUUGACGGCUCCUGUUAUGAGUUUGUGGGUCUACAGCGUUCGCGUUCCUUCCUCAGUGCACAGGGUUGGUGUGAGCGGGGUGGUGGACACCUGGCCUUUAUUUUAAACGAUGAAACCCAGCAGUUCCUGCAGAAGCACCUGCAGCCGGAGCAGGACUGGUGGCUGGGUUUGGCACCUGCCUCCCCAAACCUAACACUGGACUCUGCUGCUGCUGAGGGUAAGAGGACAACUGAAGAAAACACUAAUUGCCAUCAACAUAUUGUAUAAUAAUAGAUAUGAUUAUGCAAAGGAAAUCAAAUGUUGAGAGCAAACUGUUUUGUGCAAGGACGUAUUUGCAAGGAGUUAUUUUAUUAUUUGCCAUAAACCUCUGAGGUGCCUUAUUGCUAUUAUAAACUGGUUACCAACGUAAUUAGAGCAGUAAAAAUAUACGUUUUAUCAUAUCCAUGGUAUUUGGUCUGAUAUACCACGGCUUUCAGCCAAUCAGCAUUCAGGGCUCGAACCACCCAGUUUAUAAUGAAAGCUAUAUUUUUGAAAAAUUAAGGCACAUAUAAUUUUUUUCAACCAUUUUCUAUCCUAAAUAUUAGGAAUAAUGAGCAAAGGCUUUGAUUGCUGGUCAAACAGAUGGAAAAGGGGUCUUAGAAAACAUCUACCAGAAAAACUUUUAAAAGUUCAAUGACGUAAACGUCUAUGAUUGGUUCAAAUUUUGUCUUGUUUUGGGAGGAGCUCGUUAAAAUAAUAGCCAGUGUGUAGAAUAAUACCCAAAUAUGCAAAGAUAUAUAUGGGUCAAUAUCACCAUAAGGUGCCUUUGAGACUUCCCCAUUUCCCCCCCAAAAAGCUGAGAUUUUCCAUUGAACUUCAUAUUCAUUGUAUUAAGUAUAUGUUAUGCUGUUAGAAAUGCAUAUUGGUCAAGCUCCCACACUUUUUAUAAAUUAACUGCAAGCAGACAAUUUACAUGCAAACAGCAGAAUAUGUCCACCCUGUCAUGGACAAUUUCAAAGCAGAAUAAAUACAUUGUAAUUACAUAGUGAUUAUAAAACAUACAUUUUCAGAAAACUAUUUAGUCACUUUCUCAAUAAUAUAUUUUAGUUUAUGGGAAAAGUAUUUGGAUAAUAAUGAAAUUAUGGCAAACUAUUUGUUUCUCUAUAAAAUCUGCGAGAGUUGCACUUUCUUUUCUAAAUAAAAUCUAACAAAAAAGAUAUCUGGUCAAACUUUCAAACAAUACUAUUUGGCCCUCAUUUGUUUAUAAAGGAAUCACACAAAAGAUUUUGCUAACUUGUGAAAAUAAUUUGUUUAUUUUCAUAGAACAUGAAAAUAACAGGGUGGACAGUGACAUGACAGGGUGGACCCUGGGCAUGACAGGGUGGACACGUUGUGAAAUGUCAUUGAAUGGCCUCAUAAAUGCAAGGAACAAUGCAAGAAAAUGAUGUAAAAAAUGCCUUUUCCCAUGUAGGGGGAAAUUACAAGUUGAACAGACUGUUUUUGAUCCACUCUACCUGCAUGCAGCCACUGAAUAAAGAUGCCCAAAAUGAGACAUUAAUGUGGCCUUCUAGCGUUAAACUCUGUACAUCAUUCUGCACAGUGAAAGUCAAACAUUCAACUGUAGAACAAGAAGAAAAAUGUUUUUUAAGUGGAGAACAGUUGAUUUGAAAAAACAGAAUAUUACAGAAAGAUCACUUGGACGCAUCUCCAAACAGUCUCUCCCUUUCUGCAGAGACAUGGCUCAGUUCUGCAGUUGCUGUUCCACAUACUAUUUUCUUUUUUUUUUCUUUUUUUUUCCUUUACUUUUUUUUUCUUUACUUUUUUUUUUCUUUACUUCCAUGCAGACACUUCAAUCUGUACAGAGCGCUUGUUCAGAGCCUGUGGUUCUGGUAUUAGGCAAAGUACCUGCCAGUCAUGGUACCAACAGAUGUCGUCCCGAAGACUUGGCCAUUUGAACUUGUUUAUGCCAUGGCGUUGCAUACACUUAACUUUCACACUGUGCCCUUCUGCAUCCAUGAUGAUACCUGGGUAUGCUUCAUUGUCAUAAUUAACGACGCACCACUCUCCAAUGUGCUUUACCUCAAUCAUUUCUGGUCUCCUAGGAUUAUCUGGUGUCUUUCCACAUGCUGGGGACUUGUCAGAUGAAACAGGAACAGUAGCUAGAGUGACCUCUUGAAGGUUAAAGCAGGGGCAGUCCAAAACACCUUCCUCCCUUUUACACAGACAUGAAAUGUCUCUGUAUUUCAUUUGGCCGGGUGUCAGACUGAUAGCUUGGUGGAUUCUCAUAGUGCCUUUUAUGGCAGCUAUUGCAGGUACCUCAGGCUUUGAUUCAAUAUCCCUCUCUGGGAUGAAGAACAGCUCGACAGAUGUGUCCAGGCUUUUCAGCUUGUUAUACAAGCUCUGGGCAUCAGGAAUGUCUCCUCCAUGGGCUACAAUCCGGUCUGCUGACCUCUUGAGGGCCCCACCCACACCGUCUGGUGCCCCCUUCCCAUGAUUAGCCUCAAAGAAAUUCCACGUUAUUUCUUUGAAGCCAUACUUGUAGGGUUCCGUUGAGAGGUAGAAGAAAUUUCCCUUUUGUCGAUACUGCGUUGCAGGCCCAUCGCUGAAAAAAUGAAGUGUGCUGACUUGAGGGUGUCGUUCUCUCACUACCUUCAGAACUGGAUCAAGGUGGGCCCAGAUGGCCACAGGGUCGUGUCUUCUGGAGGGUGAUAUGGAGCAGAAGGUGUGUGGCGCUUGUUCACCAGUGGUGUAGAGCACUCCAGUGUGCAGACUGGCCUGCUUGUGUGAGCCUCCAAAAUGCACAGAUUGUAUUUCUUCGCUGUACUUACAUGAGUAAUUUUCGCUAAAAUCUAUAUGCAAGAGGGACUCAUUGUGCUUCAGACUCCUCCUGAGCUCCCUGUAGGCAUCAAACUGCCAUUUAAUGUUGAAGACAUGGCUCCUAAAAUGGAGAAGCCUCUCCUGGAAAUCUGUGUUAAGCUCAUGCUCUGUUGUUGUUAUCUCCCUUUUCACUGUUAUUGUUGACACCUUCUCAUCCUUCUUGAUCUUCUCUGUCAUCCACUGAGAUAAACGAAUGUUCUCUUCCCCAGGGGUUUUCAGCAUCGGGUGACAAGUUAGGAGGCAUUCACUGCACUCACCAUAAGACCUUGGCUUUCGGGUCACACAUGGUUGCUUCAGACAUUUCCUCAAUAUUUAUUGAGGACAGUAACCCUUGGCUCUGCAAGGCAUUGGCAUCAUGCUGAUUUUCAGGAGUUUCAGCAGGGGAGUUGGGUGGUGUCUCUGACUGUAGCAAAGCACUGGCUCUGUUUCUGGCUCUGGCUUGACUUUUUGCCUCUCUCCAUUUCUUUGUUUUUGCCCUCUUCUCUCUCUCACUGAGCUCAUUGACACCCUUCUUCUUUCCAGUCUCUCUGUCUUUUUUCCAUUUGACCCUUUCUUUCUCAAGGUACUUUCUUCUUCUGUCUGGGUCAGCAUCACGACGUUCCCGAUAUCUCCUUGCUAUCUCAGCUCCUUUUGAUCUCAUUCCUUGAAAAAGACGAUUCAAAAUGUUCCCUUACACACUUUAAUUGGCAGUCCCGGUAAACUAGGCUUGCAUUAUCAAACUAGGUUUGCUGAUACCAAUAUCGCCAAAAAAAUUGUCCAUAUUGUCCAUUCUUACUAUGUAUAGCAUGUACUGUUAUAAAAUGUGUGUAAUAGCUGUUGUAAUAUGUGUAACAUUAUCAGUAUGUGGCCUAAACUAUGCACAUGUCCUUCCUGUCAUGAACCAUGUCCACCCUGUCAUGGAAGGCUUGCUGACAGGGUGGACAAUGACAGGGUGGACAUUUUUGGCUAAUGUUAGCAUUUAAUGAGCACAUGGUGGACCUUCACUUAGCAACAUACUACAGUUAGCAAGCUGACUGUGUACUGUUUUACAAAUAUAUUUCAAAGUUCUGAUAGGUUUUUCUAUCAAUUGAUAUUUCACUAUGACAGAGUGGACAUGUUAAGCUUGACAACAUCCAACACACAUAAUAUGAUGAAAAUUAAAUACUUACUCUGCAACUAGACACUGCUUCAGCCUUCAUUGAAGAAAGACAAAAUGCUCGUAGUGAUGUCACUGAAAACAUCAGUGGGUUUCUUAAAGGGGCAGUUACCCCAUAAUGACAGGGUGGACAGCAAUUUCAGGGACACAUGCAAAAUGUUCAAUAUGAUUAUGAAAAUACAAUAUACAUGAUCAAUAUUACUUGUUUUAUCAAAUAACUUAUUGUGGACAGUAAAACCAUGUAAAAAAAAAAAAUGGAUUUAGUAUCAUUUAACCACUUAUUACACACACUGUAGUUAGCAGAGCAGUGUGUGGGACAUGCCAAAAUCACAUACAUCCAAUGAAAUUUUUUUUAUAAAAUGAAGGAAACACUUUUUUAGAGACUUAUCAUUCUACUGAUAUGUGUGCAAAUGUUUGGCCACUUAUAAUAAGACCUCAGACUUUCAUUAUUCUGCUACAUUUUCAUGAUGACUGAGUGAGUCUGAUGAGGACACCAAAGGCACCUCAUAGUGAUAUUGACUCAUAUAGCAUAUUUCUACCUGUGUACCUAUUAAAGGUUACAUCACCAUGAAGAGCAUGACUUUCAUAUCCAUAAUGAUGCAUUUCUGUGUAGUACAGAUCAGGGACCCAUGAUGCAAUUCUGUUAUCACAAUUAUGUUACCUGGUCUGUAAAUCCACUUAAUUACUGUAGUUUAAUAACCAAAAUAUCUUCAAGGUUAAAGGUUUCAUGUCAUAGCUGACACCCGAUUGUUUCUGUAGACAUCUUUGAAUCUUAAUUUGGGGCAGAUAUUUAACUGAGUUUUUGGACAAUGUGGUCACAUAAAAAACUGAGGGAGAUUUUACCGAAAUUCUGUUACCAAACACUCAUCUGCACAGUUCUUGCAGUAAAUGUUUUUUUGUAAAAUGUUCAGUGUAAAUUGUUAAAAGUAGUCUUAUGUGAAAAAGUCUCAGCGCAAUUACAUUUCCAUGGAAUUGCCCAUGAUGACUUUGUGUGAGAGUAGGCCUAGAUAUUUAACUGAUAUUUGAAAGAGGUAAUAGUGUCUUGUGUUUUUUAUAGAACAAUCCUACUCAUUUACUGAGCUGUGGUGGAAGUAUUCCUCCAAAUCAGUUUUUUCAUGAUUCUUUUAAUCAGAAAUCAGUUCAAUUCCCAGUCUCCAAAAUUAACAUGAUCCGCCCACCUGCCUACCACUUCUCUUGAGACAAAGAUGGUUACUCUUGGUCUUGUUUUAUCAGUGGACCUUCUUUGAUCUGCCAGUAAAACUGGAAGUAGACAGAGGCUGGGUUUGGUGGCUAUCUCACAAGUCAGCUGGCCUGUCUGUCUCUCACUGGGAGAUUUAUAAUGUAUUUAUCUCGCACCAUUGCUAGGAGAUGGUCACAUUUGGAUAUCUCCUUUUAGCAGCACCUGGCUGAUGAGGAACACUUGUCAUUCAAUAAGGUCUUCAAUAGGGUAUGCUGUCCAGUCCCUUGAUUUAGACAGGCCUUUUUUUAUUCCCACACAAAGGAUUAACUUUAUCACCUAUUCACAGCCGGCUCCUGUGGCAUUGACUUUGCUUUCUUACGUCAUAUCCCUUACUCUGCUUUAUUACGUGUAUUAGAGUAUUAACUGAAUGAUGUAUCAGGAUGAACAGCUGGAAUAUCAUUUUGUAGGAAUAUAUGUCAUGAAUAGAAUAUAAAAAUAUAGAAUAAUUAUAUACUCUAUAUAGAAUAUAAUACUUUAAUUGGUGUGUGUGCUGCACAUCCUCAGGUCCUCUCUCCUGGCUUGAUGGCUCUGAUGUCAGCUACUCUAACUGGGUGAACGACCCUGGUCCAGGGGCUGGCUGUGGUCACAUACUGAGGAGCUCAGGGUUUCAGUGGGAGGCAACAAGCAACUGUAGCCAGGAGCUACACUUCAUCUGCCAAUUUGGUUUGUAUUUGAUGUGUUUGUGUGCGCACACAUACAAUAGGUGCAUGCAUCUGAUCAUGCAUGCAGAAUAACAAGGUAGCGAGGAAUAUACUGUGUGCGCUUGCUAUUCCCUUUCACUCUGAAAUUAUUCAACCUUAUUUACUUCUUUGUCUCAGAGUCUGGGCGCUCCAUUGCUUGUGCUGACCACAAUGCCACACUACAGUGUGGUUCUGGUCAGGUAAUAGAGAUUGAUGACAGCUUCUAUGGUCGUAAGACGGUUCACUACUGCCGGACGAGUCCCGCUUCUUCAGCCACCACCACACAGGAGGAGUGUAGCUGGAUAGAUGUUAUAGAUUCAGUGACAGGUAUGGUGUGAAGUCUAAUGUUUUUGAAACUGUUGAAAUAUUGUGCAAGGUGUAUUUUGUCCAUGAAUGUUGCUCCAUCCAUCACUUAGGAUAUGGAUAUAUGUUUUGGUUUGACUAUUGAUUCAAGAAUAGUAUUGUUCUUACAUUGUAUGAGUAAGAACAUUAAAGGUCCAAAUCAGCCAUUUUUAUCUCAAUAUACAAUUAUUUCUGGGUAACAAUUAAGUACCUUACUGUGAUUGUUUUCAAUUAAAAUGGUCAAAAAUAAAUAAAAAUAGAUUCUUAGCAUACAGCCAUUUCUAAAGCAAGAAUUUUGCUAGGACUGUCUGGGAGUGGUCUUAGUUGGAAGGGGAAAACUGAAAAAUAGCUGUUAUUGGCAGAGAAGUUUAGAUUGAACUAUAUUUCUUAUUGGUUUAUUAACUAAUUUAUCGCCUGGUGAUGUCGCCAGGCAGGACAAAACUCCAUCCCACCAAAACAGGCAGAAAUUUCACGCAGUCUUUUCAAACAGCUCUUACACUAAAGGGGCAUUAUCAUAAUUUUCACAAUUUCAUAGUAUUAUUCCACCCUAAUAGUGUCAUUCAAGGGUUUUUCUUUAUUUUUACUAUUUUCUAUAUUGUAGAAUAAUAGUGAAGACAUCAAAACUAUGAAAUAACACAUAUGGAAUCAUGUAGUAACCAAAAAGUGUCACGCUCUGGCUCCGGGACUUUGUAUGUUGAGCCAGGGUGUGUUCGUUUCGUGGUGUUCUGUUUGGUUGGGUGGUUCUAUGGGUUGUAUUUCUUUGUUUGGUUGAGUGACUCCCAAUCAGAGGUAACGAGUGUCAGCUGUUGGCUCGUUGUCUCUGAUUGGGAGCCAUAUUUAUACUGUCUGUUUUCACCUUGUGUUUGUGGGUUUUUGUUCCUUGUCAGUCAUUGUCACUGAGGACUUCAUGAUCGUUGUUUAUUGUUUUUGUGUCGUGUUCAGUACAAAUAAAGUAUGUACGCUUAUCACGCUGCGCCUUGGUCCGCUUCCUCUAUUAACGACGAUCGUGACAGAAAAACCCACCAAGAUGGGACCAAGCAGCGUGUCCAGGAGCCAUCGCCAGGGAGAUCCCUCACAGAUCUCCUUCACUUCCUGGACUGGGUCAAGCCGAGGGAGGAAGACAAGGGCUUGACAUUAUGGCAGAAGGGCGAGAGGCUGGCGAGAACGAUGGAGGCCUGGUCCACGAAGAGGAGAGAACCCCAGAAAAUUUUUAGGGGGGGGCUCACGACGUCGGACCAGCAGGAGGCCGCGAUAGAGCGGUCCAGUGGGUUGCCGGAGGAGGCCGCCGGGUUACGGGGGCCACUGGUCGAAGAGGGGAUGGAGGAAGUAGAGGCACGGCGAGAGGUACUGGCGUGUGUUGCCAGUCCGGUCCGGCCCGUUCCAGAUCCCAGUGUAGGGCCAGUGGUGUGUGUCCCCAGUACAGUCCGGCCCAUCCAAGCUCCCCGCACCAAGCCAGUGGUGUGCGUCGUCAGCCCUGUCCGGCCCGUUCCUGCUCUCCGCGCCAAGUCUGUGGUGCGCGUAGCCAGCCCAGUCCGGCCCAUCCAAGCUCCCCACACCAGGUCAGUGGUGCGCGUCGCCAGCCCUGUCCGGCCCGUGCCUGCUCUCCGCACCAAGUCUAUGGUGCGUUUCGUCAGCCCUGUCCGGCCCGUUCCUGCUCUCCGCACCAAGUCUGUGGUGCGCGUCGCCAGCCCAGUCCGGCCCAUCCAAGCUCCCCGCACCAGGUCAGUGGUGCGCGUCGUCAGCCCGGUCCGGCUCAGUCCUGCUCCCCGCACCAGGUCAGUGGUGCGCGUCGUCAGCCUGGUCCAGCCCGUUCCUGCUACUCGCACCAAACCAGGGAUGCGAGUCGUCAGCCUGGUCCAGCUCGUUCCUCCUACACGCACCAAGCCAGGGGCGCGUGUCGUCAGUCCGGCUCCGACCAGCGGGGCUAGACAGGACCAGGGGUACCUUGGGGGGUUGGAGAGGAGGUGGGGAUCAGGGCCGGAGCCAGAACCACCGCCGAGGAGGUAUGCCCACCCAGCCCUCCCUUGUUUAGCCUUAUUGAGGCGCGGUCGCAGUCCGCGCCUUUAGGGGGGGGUACUGUCACGCUCUGGCUCCGGGACUUUGUAUGUUGAGCCAGGGUGUGUUCGUUUCGUGGUGUUCUGUUUGGUUGGGUGGUUCUAUGGGUUGUAUUUCUUUGUUUGGUUGAGUGACUCCCAAUCAGAGGUAACGAGUGUCAGCUGUUGGCUCGUUGUCUCUGAUUGGGAGCCAUAUUUAUACUGUCUGUUUUCACCUUGUGUUUGUGGGUUUUUGUUCCUUGUCAGUCAUUGUCACUGAGGACUUCAUGAUCGUUGUUUAUUGUUUUUGUGUCGUGUUCAGUACAAAUAAAGUAUGUACGCUUAUCACGCUGCGCCUUGGUCCGCUUCCUCUAUUAACGACGAUCGUGAAAAAAAGGUGUUAAACAAAUCCAAAUAUAUGUUAUAUUUGAGAUUCUUCAAAUAGCCACCCUUUGCCUUGAUGACAGCUUUGCACACUGUUGGCAUUCUCUCAACCAGCUUCACCUGGAAUGCUUUUCCAACAGUCUUGAAGGAGUUCCCACAUAUACUGAGCAAUUGUUGGCUGCUUCUCCUUCACUCUGCCGUCCGACUCAUCUCAAACCAUCUCAAUUGGGUUGAGGGUGGGGGAUUGUGGAGGCCAGGUCAUCUGAUGCAGCACUCCAUCACUCUCCUUCUUGGUAAAAUAGCCCUUACACAGCCUGGAGGUGUGUUGGGUCAUUGUCCUGUUGAGAAAAAAAUGAUAGUCCCACUAAGCCCAAAUCAGAUGGGAAGGCGUAUCGCUGCAGAAUGCUGUGGUAGCCAUGCUGGUUAAGUGUGCCUUGAAUUCUAAAUAAAUUACAGACAGUGUCACCAGCAAAGCACCCCAACACCAUAACACCUCCUCCUCCAUGCUUUACAGUGGGAACUACAUAUGCGGAGAUAAUCCAUCACCUACACCGCGUCUCACUCUAAUGAACUUAUCCUGUGCAGCAGAGGUAACUCUGGGUCUUCCAUUCCUGUGGCGGUCCUCAUGAGAGCCAGUUUCAUCAUAGCGCUUGAUGGUUUUUGCGACUGCACUUGAAGGAACUUUCAAAGUUCUUGAAAUGUUCUGUAUUGACUGACCUUCAUGUCUUAAAGUAAUGAUGGACUGUCGUUUCUCUUUGCUUAAUUGAGUUGUUCUUGCCAUAAUAUGGACAUGGUAUUUUACCAAAUAGGGCUAUCUUCUGUAUACCCCCCUACCUUGUCACAGCACAACUGAUUGGCUCAAACACAUUAAGAAGGAAAGAAAUUCCACAAAUGAACUUUUAAGAAGGCACACCUGUUAAUUGAAAUGCAUUCCAGGUGACUACCUCAUGAAGCUGGUUGAGAGAAUGGCAAGAGUGUGCAAAGCUGUCAUCAAGGAAAAGGGUGGCUAUUUGAAGAAUCUCAAAUAUAAAAUAUAUGUUGAUUUGUUUAACACUUUCAUAGUUUUGAUGUCUUCACUAUUAUUCUACAAUGUAAAACAUAGUAAAAAUAUAGAAAAACCCUUGAAUGAGUAGGUGUGUCCAAACUUUUGACUGGUAGUGUAUAUAUAAAACACAGGAAAAUCAUGUUUUUGACAGCACUGGGCCUUUAAGCAAAGUGCUUGUAAUGGGUCAAAGUAAUUGCCUGCUUUGCAGUAUUUGAUCAUUGCACUUUUAGGACAUGCGGCUUAAAGUAAAAAGCAGAAAUGUAAAUAUUGUAAAGCUAACACAGAUUCAAUAAAGUGCCCAGAUACAGUUGAAGUCGGAAGUUUACAUACACUUAGGUUGGAGUCAUUAAAACUCGUUUUUCAACCACUCCACACAUUUCUUGUUAUCAAACUAUAGUUUUGGCAAGUCGGUUAGGACAUACACUAAGUUGAUUGUGCCUUUAAACAGCUUGGAAAAUUCCAGAAAAUGAUGCUAAUUGACAUCAUUUGAGUCAAUUGGAGGUGUACCUGUGGAUGUAUUUCAAGGCCUACCUUCAAACAGUGUAUCUUUGCUUGACAUCAUGGGAAAAUCUAAAUAAAUCAGCCAAGACCUCAGAAAAAAAAUGGUAGACCUCCACAAGUCUGGUUCAUCCUUGGCAGCAAUUUCCAAACGCCUGAAGAUACCAUGUUCAUCUGUACAAACAAUAGUACGCAAGUAUAAACACCUUGGGACCAUGCAGCCGUCAUACUGCUCAGGAAGGAGACGUGUUCUGUCUCCUAGAGAUGAAUGUACUUUGGUGCGAAAAGUGCAAAUCAAUCCCAGAACAACAGCAAAGGACCUUGUGAAGAUACUGGAGGAAACAGGUACAAAAGUAUCUAUAUCCACAGUAAAACGAGUCCCAUAUCGACAUAACCUGUCCAGGCUCUAUCACAACCGGCCGUGAUUGGGACUCCCAUAGGGCGGUGCACAAUUGGCCCAGCGCCGUCCGAGUUUGGCCGCUGUAGGCCGUCAUUGUAAAUAAGAAUUUGUUCUUAACUGACUUGCCUAGUUAAAUAAAGGUAAAAUAAAAAAUUAAAUAAAAAAAACCUGAAAGGCCGCUCAGCAAGGAAGAAGCAACUGCUCCAAAACGGCCAUAAAAAAAACAGACUACGGUUUGCAACUGCACAUGGGGAGAAAUGUCCUCUGGUCUGAUGAAACAAAAAUAGAACUGUUUGGCCAUAAUGACCAUCGUUAUGUUUGGAGGAAAAAGGGGGUGCUUGCAAGCCGAAGAACACCAUCCCAACCGUGAAGCACAGGGGUGGCAGCAUCAUGCUGUAGAGGUGCUUUGCUGCAGGAGGGACUGGUGCACUUCACAAAAUAGAUGGCAUCAUGAGGAAGGAAAAUUAUGUGGAUAUAUUGAAGCAACAUCUCAAGACAUCAGUCAGGAAGUUAAAGCUUGGUCACAAAUUGGUCUUCCAAAUGGAAUAUGACCCCAAGCAUACUUCCAAAGUUGUGGCAAAAUGGCUUAAGGACAACAAAGUCAAGGUAUUGGUGUGGCCAUCACAAAGCCCUGACCUCAAUCCUUUAGAAAAUUGGUGGGCAGAACUGAAAAAGUGUUUGCGAGCAAGGAGGCCUACAAACCUGACUCAGUUACACCAGCUCUGUCAGGAGGAAUGGGCCUGACACAAAGCCCUGACCUCAAUCCUUUAGAAAAUUGGUGGGCAGAACUGAAAAAGUGUUUGCGAGCAAGGAGGCCUACAAACCUGACUCAGUUACACCAGCUCUGUCAGGAGGAAUUCACCCAACUUAUUGUGGGAAGCUUGUGAAAGGCUACCCGAAACGUUUGACCCAAGUUAAACAAUUUAAAGGCAAUGCUACCAAAUACAAACUGAGUGUAUGUAAACUUCUGACCCACUGGGAAUGUGAUGAAAGAAAUAAAAGCUGAAAUAAAUCAUUCUCUCUACUAUUAUUCUGACAUUUCACAUUCUUAAAAUAAAGUGCUGAUCCUAACUGACCUAAGACAGGGAAUUUUUACUAGGAUUAAAUGUCAGGAAUUGUGAAAAACUGAGUUUAAAUGUAUUUUGCUAAGGUGUAUGUAAACUUCCGACUUCAACUGAACAUAGAGGCAGCAAUUCAACUUAAUUCCACUUUAGCAAGAAGCUAUUGCGAAACAACAACCCGAUGAACAAUAUUUAAACAUUGAGCUCUUAGAACAUGCUUGCAUUUGCAAAGCAUAGAGCAGAACUGUAAAUAUUGUAAAACACACACAGCUUCAACAACGGCACCAGAUGCACUGAGGCAGCAAUAAAAAUGUAUUUGCGGCUCAACGAAAACCAUUAUAGAGGUACAGACGCUAAUACAAUGUCAAGACUGAAAGCAAAGCCACAAAAUAUAUAUCCCUUCUUUUGAAAUUACAAGCUUUAAAUGGUUGUAAUACCAUGAAUGAAAUCUAAAUGUACUGCACUAAAUAUGGACCUUAGGUUUAAGUCAUUGCUUAAGCUGGUGUUUCAUUUAUGAAUGGCAAAUAGAAUAGGUGUUGUGAUAAUAAUCCUUCCUCUGCACAGUGUGCACACAUGAUUCUUAUUUUCAGACCACUUGCAUAAGUCUUUUAUAAUGAUGAUGUGGAUGAUCUUAAUGAUGAUUUUGAUAAUAAUUAUGAUGGAAAACUCUCCUCUUCUAUUUCUUCACCUCUCAUAUCUAUAUUUAAUGUGCAUCAUUUCCAGGAGACUGCCUUGGGCUGCAGGCGUGCCAGGCCACAGCAGAUGUGGCCUCCUUUGGUGAACCUUGCCCAGGGCUGGGAAGCUACCUGUCUGUGGAAUACCACUGCAAAGAUGGUCAGAACACUCUACCUCUGUCUCUCUCACUGUCUCUCCUUUCCUCCCUUCUACAUUCCAUUUAAAUACCCAAAUAUGUUUUAAGAUAGUGAAGGCCUCGAUUUACGGUUUUCUAAUGUUGUAUUUCAACACAUUAUGAGUGGUGGCUAGCACACACAGUCACAAUUUAACCUAGCCAUAUCUGUGGUUCACAGGUCUCCACUUAUUAAUGAGCAAGUUGGCUGCCGUCUUUGACAACGUCUCCAUAACAGUGAAGUGGCUUCUCCAUCCAUUCCAGGGCAACCUGACCUGCACUCUAAGUGCUGGAGAUGGGCACAACAUUGAUCCUUAUAGUCCAGAAGAGUGAGUAACUGAGUAAUGUAAAUCACCCAACAUCAAAGGCAAAAAGUCCCUAAUUCAUCCACAAUUAAUGGAAUUUCCACUCUCACAGGUUGGAGAGCAUUGUGGUUCAUAAAUACACCCGUCCGGGUGUCUUCAUGGUUGGGGUGGAGUGUACCACCAGUGAGUGGCAUGUGACAGCUCAGAAAGCCAUCACCAUUCAGGAGCCCAUCGGGGAGUUUGGCGUCAUUAAGUGCUAUAGCAUGAACCAAUCAACAGAUAGUGUAAACUGCAAGGCCAUGUAUGGAAGCCCCCUUCAAAUCCAGGUUGAAGUAGAAGCUGGUAAGUAAAAACAACAUAGGCAGAAAUAAAAGCAUCUGGUCUUCCAUUUCCGAGAGUACAAUUCUUGGUAGAAUGAGACAACUUUGCUAUCUACAGGUACGAAUGUGACCUACAAAAUCCACAGUGGUGAGAUGUUGGUGGCCAAUUCAUCAGCAGUCAGAGGAAUCAUCCCCCACAACAUCACAGUAGGACCAGAGGUGGAGCAACAGCUGGGCUCUGGCUGCCAUCAGCUGACCCUGCAUGCCUCUAACGGGGUCUCGGCCUUGGGUGUGUCCACUGAGCUGCAGGUGUGUCUGCUGGAGCCUGUGGAGGGCCUCCUGGGAUCAGUGAUGGCUGAGGAGGGAGAGUGUCCAGACUCAGACCUUUUUGUUAGAGUCUCCCUGGAUCGGGGAGCCCCGGUGCAGCUUCUCUUCCAGGUGUCUGGAGCCAACGACAGCAUCUCUGAGACCAGAGACAUGCAAAACAGCAGCAUGCAGGUUUACAAUAUCUCAACCACUAUCCAAGGUACCUAACCAAAUACAAUCAGAAACAUUGACAGAAGAUAGGUAAAGAUUAAACGUUUCCUUGUUUAUUUAUAUCAGCUGUUUUGUUACAGGAUAUUUGCAAGUGAAAGUCAGGGCCUGGAAUGUCUUCUCACACAUGGAUGUGGAUGUGGGGAACACAACAGUUGUUUGCCACAAUAAAUCAGACUUUCAGACAGAGGAGCAUAAAAGACUUCCCCAAGCUAAUAUGGAAAUCACUUCCGAUCCAGAACGUCCAUCUGACUUCACUCAAAGUAUCACACUUGGGUUAACUGGCUUGAGUGGAGUACCCGGAAUCAGUGAGCCUGGGAUACAACUUGAAUGGGAAUGCAGUAAGUACCAGGGCUGUCAAUGAGAACACUCACCUCUCAGUUCAACUCAUUAGUAGGCUACAGUAAAAAUGUUGGUCAAGACUAUUUACGUGGCUCACUUGUUCAAGUCGUAUCUUCAUGGCCUGUGCUAGUUAUAAAUGAAUUCUAUGAAUAUAAUUGUUCUUCUAAACUCACUAAGUAUUUCUCUGGUUUCCAGUUGACAGUAUCGAUUGUCUAGGACCUUUUAAUGUGCUUUCAGCACAGAUGUUUUACUCAAACCAUGUUCCCCAUUUAUUCCAACAGAUGAACAAUGUAAAUGCAGAGACAAAACAAACCAGGAGUCUCAUGUGAUUACAGCAGCCUGUCUUCCAGACCCAUUUCUUUUUUAUAUAUACAGUUUCACUGUGCGGAAGAAAAAUGGUCCUGGGGCUCAAGUGGCUAAAGCAGAGAAAUGCAUCACUGUUACUCCGCCAGAAUUCACCGAUGUUGCCAUAAGGUAAAACGAGGGAGGGAAUGGCUCAUUUGACAGAUGUGUAAUCCUGAGUGACAUUUUGUUUGUUAGAAGAGGUUUGCAUUAUCAAAGAAGGAAGAUAAAUAUGAAUCAAAUUCUAAUUUACAGUAAUCUAUGUCCCAGAAGAUCUAUUGUAUGAUAAAAGUGAACCUUUAUUAUUUUAGUUGUUCUAAUUGUAACCCAGUGAACAUAAACAACGAUGUAAGGCUAAAAUUGGAGUGUACCACCACAACGAGUUGCCCAACAGUAGUUUGGCAUGUUGAGGACACAAGACCUUUGACAGUAAGUCUGAGACUCCUCUAUUGUGCAUAUUUAUGAAUAGUGCUUUUCAGUGCAUGAAUAGAUAGAACUUCUGUUGUCUAAUUUCAGAUUGAAUCAAAUAAGAUAUACUUUAUUAGUCCAGACGGAAAUGUGUCUUCUGCUAUUAACCAACCCCUCCGAUAUGCACACAAACACAAAGGUGUUUGAACACACAUACACACAUUCAUUUGUCAUUUGUCACAUGAGCAAAAUAAGUAACCGAAAUGAAUGCAUGUGAAGUUCGAUUGUUUAAAAGCUGUAGUCAUACAUUUUUAAUUUUGAGCUAAUUUCUUCUAGGGCGCCCUCAAACACUGCUACGAAAAAGCAAAGCAAAGACCACUGCUACACAGAAUAGAUGGUGGCAAUGAAUACAUGGUGACAAGUGAAAAUCUGAAAAAUGCACAGUCCAGGUCUCUGAAUCUCAAUGUGAUAGCGUAUGGUAGGUAUUCAUUGACUUUAGAGUAUGUGUUGUUAUAUGGCUUUAGUUACAGGUAAUAGUAGGAUGAGUUUCAUUUAUGUUCAACUUGACAUCAGAAUGUCAAAUUAGCCAUUGUAAUGUGGGCCAUAAAACUAAUCACGGCGUUCCAAUGUGUUAUAUUUGAGGUGAUGUAUCACUUGAUCAUGGAUAUUUAGAGUAAAUACUGUACAUCCAGACCAAAAUAUACAGAAUGUAUUUAUUUAUAUUAACUUUUUUUUCUAGGUAAGACGACAUCUGGAGUUGUCAAGUACACCAUUCAGAUACCAGGUGUUGCAACACCUGCACCUGUUGCCACUAACAUACCGCCUGCUACUACCCUACCAGCUGCUACCACCAUCCUACCGGCUGUUACUACUCGUCCAGCUGCUACUACCAUACCAGUUGCUACCAUCCCACUGGUAGCUACUACCCUCCCGGCUGCUACCACCAUACCGGCAACUACUACCGUACCUGUAACUGUACCUAAAACCACAGCCCCAACUACCAUCGCCAGCAUCCCUUCCUGUAUAAUUUCCCCUCAGUCAGGCACAGUUCUAGAUGCUUUCAAUAUCACCUGUGCAACAACCUCCUGCUCCACAGGCAAAUGCCAAUAUUGUUUCAAAACUGACCAAGGUGAGUUGUCUGAAAUCUGUCCACAAUGUAGUCUAUUUCAGGAGACUUUCCCCUAUCAAAGAAGUUGAGUAGCAGGACUGUAAAUAAAAAAUAAAAAUUAUGUGCCGUGUAUUCAGAUAAAGCUUUAUCCACUGUAUGAGAAUACUUUAUAUAAUAUUUAUUUAUAUUUCAGAUAAACAUUUGCGCUGCAGUUACGUAAAUGAAGUUAAGUCAAUCUUCCUACCUCUCGGGAACAACAGUUACAACUACAGUCUGUCUGUGGUGGUUACUGUAAUAAAUGGGGAUAGAAGAACCAAUGCCACAAUCACCACUGAGGUUUGUCAUCAAGUAAAACUCUUAAUGAUUUAAUGCAUGGAAUAUGUCCUGCCUUUCUGCUCUAUAGAGCUCACAUUUAUAAUUGAGUAUAUGGAACUCUCAUUUCAUUGUUGUCCUCCAAGGUUUGGCCAGCCAACUCCAGUUCCCCAGUGGAGAAUCUGCAGUCUGUGGUGGAGAACACUGUCGCUCAGCUACAGCAGCAGGGGUUGCUCACUGGGGAGACCCUUGGUCAGAUGUUCAAGUCCGUGUCCGACAUUCUGAAUAUGGGCUCCAGUGAGGAUCAGAAAGGUGCCAGGGAGGAGGUGAGAACGGAGUAAUAUGCUAAGAAGGUCAUAGGGCGUAUGGGCUUUGAUGCCAGGAAUGUCUAUGGCAGGGAUGGGCAAGUUGCGACCCGCUUUUGUAGGCCCGUGGAUCCAUUUCCAAAAACGAGGCACCAAUUAUUAAAUAGUGUUUAUAAACUAAUAAUGAGCAGUUCAUAAACAACUUAUCAGGGUCGGCUCCAGGCAUAAGCGACAUAAGCAGUCACUUAGGGCCCCCGGCUGCUAAGAAGGGGACCAGUCAAGACAGAGACCAGUAAAAAAAUUGGCCCACCAGGUGCAAGGCCAAAUCUCGCUUAGGGCCCCCAAGAGACUAGGGCUGGCCAUGGCUACUGGUAUAAUGCAUUUAGUUAAGAGAGGUAAGUAAUUUAACUGCACAAAUGGAUUGAUUGCACAAAUCAGUUGACUGCAUGUGUGGGUAUGGAUGUGGGUACGCAGACUCGCGAGCCACUGCAGCUCCUCAUGAUGAGUUCAAAUUUUUUGUGGCCCCCACCCCCAUUAAAGUUGCCCAUCCCUGGUCUAGGGACUCUGUGUAUUGUUGAAAAUAAGACAUUACACCAAACUAAAAGAGUUACGCUAAAUUAGUAUGAAGUUCAAGACAAAAGGAAGUGUGUCUUCAGAUGGAUGUUUGUGAGGUAUUCUGAUUUGUGUUCCAGCUGCGAGAACAGAUGCUGAGCAGCAUGACUGCAGUGCUGAAGAGUGUCCCCAACAACACUCCUCAGGAAGUGCAGGUGAUGGCCAGAGCAGUGGCAGGGAUCACCAAGCGGGGGGACGAGGUCAAUUCCGCUGCUCAGGUACACUUGUAAAUGAGAGCAAGGCAACAUCAUCUUUCCCAAACAUGUAUUGCUGAAUAAGAGCAGAGAUUUAGUUCCCAACGGUCUAUGUUGUGCUGUGGAUCUUUUCCAGCUAGAAGCUAGCUCCCUGGUGGCAGACCUCAGCUCUUCCCUUCUCUAUAUGAAUGUCAGUGAGCAUGGUGGAGAAGAGAUGGUGCAGGCAGCUACACCCAUAGUAGAGGCAGCCAGCAAUAUCCUGGGAGUCUCUUCAAAUGCAAGCACACAGGUGACAUACAGUACAUUCAGAAAGUAUUCAGACCUCUUGACUUUUUCCACAUUGUGUUACGUUACAGCCUUAUUCUAAAAUUGAUUAUAUUGUUUUUUCCCCUCAUCAAUCUACACACAAUACUCCAUAAUGACAAAGCAAAAACAGGUUUUUAGAAAUUUUAGCACAUUUAUUAAAAAUAAAAAACGGAAAUAUCACAUUUACAUAAGUAUUCAGACCCUUUACUCAGUAUUUUUUGAAGCACCUUUGGCAGCGAAAACAGCAUAGAGUCUUCUUGGGUAUGACGCUACAAGAUUGGCAAACCUGUAUUUGGGGAGUUUCUCCCAUUCUUCUCUGCAGAUCCUCUCAAGCUCUGUCAGGUUGGAUGGGGAGCGUUGCUGCAGAGCUAUUUCCAGGUCUCUCCAGAGAUGUUCGAUCGGGUUCAAGUCCGGCUCUGGCUGGGCCACUCUAUGACAUUCAGAGACUUGUCCCGAAGCCACUCCUGCGUUGUCUUGGCUGUGUACUUAGGGUCGUUGUCCUGUUGGAAGGUGAACCCUCUACUCCAGUUUGAGGUCCUGAGUGCUCUGGAGCAGGUUUUGAUCAAGGAUCUCUCUGUACUUUUCUCCAUUAAUCUUUCCCUAGAUCCUGACUAGUCUCCCAGUGCCUGCCUCUGAAAAACAUCCCCACAGCAUGAUGCUGCCACCACCAUGCUUCACCUUAGGGAUGGUGCCAGGUUUCCUCCAGACGUGACGCUUGGCAUUCAGGCCAAAGUGUUCAAUCUUGGUUUCAUCAGACCAGAGAAUCGUGUUUCUCAUGGUCUGAGAGUCUUUAGGUGCCUUUUGGCAAACUCCAAGAGGGCUUUCAUGUGCCUUUUACUGAGGAGUGGAUUCCAUAUGGCCACCCUGCCCAGGGACUGCGGUUGAAAAUUAGCCGGCUGGCUAAAACCGGCACUUUUACUGAAACGUUGAUUAAUGUGCACUGUCCCUGUAAAAAUAAACUCAAACUCAAACUCAAACUCAAGGUCUGAUUGGUGGAGUGCUGCAGAGGAACUCUAUAGCUCUGUCAGUGACGAUCGGCUUCUUGGUGACCAAGACCCUUCUCCCCCGAUUGCUCAGUUUGGCCGGGCGGACAGCUCUAGGAAGAGUCUUCAUGGUUCCAAACUUUGACACAAUCCUGCCUCGGAGCUCUACGGACAAUUCCUUCGACCUCAUGGCUUGGUUUUUGCUCUGACAUGCACUGUCAACUGUGGGACCUUAUAUAGACAGGUGUGUGCCUUUCCAAAUCAUGUCCAAUCAAUUGAAUUUACCACAGGUGGACUCCAAUCAAGUUGUAGAAACAUCUCAAGGAUGAUCAAUGGAAACAGGAUGCAUCUGAGCUCAAUUUCGAGUCUCAUAGCAAAGGGUCUGAAUACUUAUGUAAAAAAUGUGUUUUUUAUUUUUAAUACAUUUGCAAAAAUGUCUAAAAACCAACAUGUUUUUGCUUUGUCAUUAUGGGGUAUUGUGUGUAGAUUGAUGAGGAAAAACAUUUAUUUAAUCAAUUUUAGAAUAAGGCUGUAACGUAACAUAAUGUGGAAAAAGUCAAGGGGGUCUGAAUACUUUCCGAAUGCACUGUAUAUACCUUCACUGAGUUCCCUGAUGACAGUAAUGAACUAUGGUUACUUUUCAGCCCUUUUCAGGCCUACUGAAUUUUGUUUGUCUUUUACAGAGAAAGGUCUCAAAGAUUCUCCUUAACAGUAUGGACAAUGUGCAGAGUGCACUGUUAAAUGGGAAAAAGGUUGGUCAGGAGCCUACCAUUAUCAAGAGCCCUGAGAUCAGUGUGUAUGCUAACAGGUAAGAGAACGAGCAUUGGAGAGGAAACAAUACUAUAAAAAAUGUGAGGCCUGUAAAAUAAAUGUCAUUUCAGAUAUGUAAUUUAUAUUUACAAUACAAUAUGCCAAAAACAAAAUGCUACUGUUAAGUUGCCUCAAUAUUGAGUUACAGUAUAUUAUACACUGUCUUCUCUUAGAAUGUCUCCAAAUAGCAUUCAGAUGCAGUCUAUAAACAUCCCAGAUAGCUCCUCUGCAAGCUUUUCCUUCCCUCCCCUGGGUGCUGACGUCCUUUCUCCAGAUGAACAAGUGGAUGUGCGAGUAAGUGUGAAUGUCUACGAGAGAAUGUGUGGAGGUUAGUGAGGGAUUUAUCAUGCAAGUGGAUACGGCAGUGAAAGUGAGUUUUUGUUUGUGUCGAGCAUUGGAGGGUUUUCAUUUGGUUAAUUGUUCAUAUAGCAAUUGUCUAUUAGUCUGUUGUGGACGGUUUUCAUUCUCUUGUUUCAUAAUUUCCUUAUUUUUACAGAUGCUGAGUUUUGAGAAGAACCCUUAUUCUUGGAGUGAGGGGGGUAACAUCAGUGGCGCCAUGGGGUCUGUGUCUCUCACCAGACAGGAUGGAUCAGCCAUCCCUGUGGAGAACCUGUCUGAGGAGAUUGAGGUCAGAACGCUGCAAACAUGUAGCAAUUUUAGUGGGGCUUUUCUCUUGAGUGCCCUUGAUGUCCAAGACUUACAGUAUCAAAAUGAGAAAAAAAAAUCCUGAAAAUCACAUUGUAGGAUUUUUAAUGAAUUUAUUUGCAAAUUAUGGUGGAAAAUAAGUAUUUGGUCAAUAACAAAAGUUUAUCUAUACUUUGUUAUAUACCCUUUGUUGGCAAUGACACAGGUCAAACGUUUUCUGUAAGUCUUCACAAGGUUUUCACACACUGUUGCUGGUAUUUUGGCCCAUUCCUCCAUGCAGAUCUCCUCUAGAGCAGUGAUGUUUUGGGGCUGUCGCUGGGCAACACAGACUUUCAACUCCCUCCAAAGAUUGUCUAUGGGGUUGAGAUCUGGAGACUGGCUAGGCCACUCCAGGACCUUGAAAUGCUUCUUACGAAGCCACUCCUUCGUUGCCCGGGCGGUGUGUUUGGGAUCAUUGUCAUGCUGAAAGACCCAGCCACGUUUCAUCUUCAAUGCCCUUGCUGAUGGAAGGAGGUUCACUCAAAAUCUCACGAUACAUGGCCCCAUUCAUUCUUUCCUUUACACGGAUCAGUCGUCCUGGUCCCUUUGCAGAAAAACAGCCCCAAAGCAUGAUGUUUCCACCCCCAUGCUUCACAGUAGGUAUGGUGUUCUUUGGAUGCAACUCAGCAUUCUUUGUCCUCCAAACACGACGAGUUGAGUUUUUACCAAAAAGUUAUAUUUUGGUUUCAUCUGACCAUAUGACAUUCUCCCAAUCCUCUUCUGGAUCAUCCAAAUGCACUCUAGCAAACUUCAGACGGGCCUGGACAUGUACUGGCUUAAGCAGGGGGACACGUCUGGCACUGCAGGAUUUGAGUCCCUGGCGGCGUAGUGUGUUACUGAUGGUAGGCUUUGUUACUUUGGUCCCAGCUCUCUGCAGGUCAUUCACUAGGUCCCCCCGUGUGGUUCUGGGAUUUUUGCUCACCGUUCUUGUGAUCAUUUUGACCCCACGGGGUGAGAUCUUGCGUGGAGCCCCAGAUCGAGGGAGAUUAUCAGUGGUCUUGUAUGUCUUCCAUUUCCUAAUAAUUGCUCCCACAGUUGAUUUCUUCAAACCAAGCUGCUUACCUAUUGCAGAUUCAGUCUUCCCAGCCUGGUGCAGGUCUACAAUUUUGUUUCUGGUGUCCUUUGACAGCUCUUUGGUCUUGGCCAUAGUGGAGUUUGGAGUGUGACUGUUUGAGGUUGUGGACAGGUGUCUUUUAUACUGAUAACAAGUUCAAACAGGUGCCAUUAAUACAGGUAACGAGUGGAGGACAGAGGAGCCUCUUAAAGAAGAAGUUACAGGUCUGUGAGAGCCAGAAAUCUUGCUUGUUUGUAGGUGACCAAAUACUUAUUUUCCACCAUAAUUUGCAAAUAAAUUCAUUAAAAAUCCUACAAUGUGAUUUUCUGGAAUUUUUUUCUCUCAAUUUGUCUGUCAUAGUUGACGUGUACCUAUAAUGAAAAUUACAGGCCUCUCUCAUCUUUUUAAGUGGGAGAACUUGCACAAUUGGUGGCUGACUAAAUACUUUUUUCCCCCACUGUAUCUUCUAAGAUAAUGUCCAAGACUUAUACUUUAAAGACUAUAUGAUCAAAUAGACAUAAUUAUGAUUACAGUUGUAUAUAUUACAACAUCUUCUAUGAUUCUCAGAUCCUCUUGCCGAGACUUGAAGGAGGGCAGGUGAACAGCACAAUCCUUGACCUGGGAAACUACAGCACACUGAUGAUUGUCGUCCCUUCACCGGACGUAACACUGGUGCUAAAGAUGGAGCCCUCAGAGGAAAUACCAUUUGUACUGUUGCUGGGGUAUAAAGACUACCCAAAGGACAAGCAAUAUAUAGCCAAGACUCAGAUGCCUCACCAAGGCAAUUCACAAGGUGAUCAACCUCCUGAACUGACUUCUUGUUAAUGGCAGAGACAUAUAACUCUUGUGAAGCACAAUGAACAACACUGAGUGUUUAGAAAGAUAAAUGUGUUUGUGUUGUGUUUAUUUUGGGUACAGAGAGAUACACCUGGGUCCUGGGUCCCAAUGAUUUGACAGGAAAGGUUGGGGUGCACUACCUUGUGGUGAGGCCCAUUGUAGAAGCAGGGGUUAAAUCUGUCAAUGCCACUGUGACUGUCACCUCCAUUGCUGCUCAGUGCAAAUAUUGGAAUGAAACCAAAUCCAACUGGAGUGAAGAUGGCUGCAGGGUAAAUGCAACAAGUACUACACAACACCUUUAUAAUAAAAUAUUGGCACAUCAUUGCAACCAGGCACUGCUAAAAUUAAAUGCAUAAACUGACUGUGGUCUCCUUAGGUUGGUCCUUUAACCACGCCAUUGGUCACUCAGUGCUUAUGUAACCAUUUGACCUUCUUCGGGAGCUCUUUCUUCGUCAUGCCUAACCUUGUGGAUGUGUCCCGUACUGCUGAGCUCUUCGCCACCUUCUCAGACAACCCUGUGGUGGUGUGCUUUGUUGGAGCCAUCUUCGUUGCUUAUCUCUUGGUGGUCGUGUGGGCACGCAAAAAGGACAUCCAGGACAUAGCCAAGGUCUGUCUUGAACAAUCGCUGCUGCCAUUUUCUAUACAAUUUUUGUCCAGACUAUACAGACAACUUGAGAACAUGCUACUGUGUUGACCCAAUCAGCAGAUUUACAGUGCUUAGAUUUACCGGUUUGAGAAUGUAUCAUCCUGUUGGUUUGCUGUUGAUGCAGAGUUUUACCUUCAAAUGAUACUUGUUGUAGGUGAAGGUGACAGUGCUGGAAGAUAAUGACCCCUUGGCUGAAUACCGUUACAUGCUGAAUAUCAGCACUGGGCAUCGGCGUGGUGCGUCCACCUCCUCUCAGGUCAGUAGCAACAGUUCCCACUGCUGCAGGACAUCAUAUUCUGUUCUCUGAUAAAACCACACUCAGUGACCCUGACCCUGACCCUGUGUUGCUGCUGCAGGUUACUGUGACUCUGCUGGGCACGGAGGGAGAGAGUGAGCCACACCACCUCACUGACCCUGACAAGCCUGUGUUUGAGAGGGGUGCAGUGGAUACGUUCCUGUUGACCACACCCUUCUCCCUGGGGGAGCUGCAGAGCAUCAGGCUGUGGCACGACAACUCAGGGGGGCACCCUGCCUGGUAGGAGAGGGGGAGGAGGGGGAUGUUUCACAGUAGUAGAGGGACAGAUGGAUUUUACAUUAAUUCAAGCUGACGUUUGAAAUUGUGGAUGUAGUUGACAAUAACGGUUUUCAUGCAGGUAUAUAAACAAAGUGAUGGUGCAGGAUCUAGAAACUGGACAGAAGCGGCACUUCCUGUGUAACUCAUGGCUGGCCAUAGAUAUGGGCGAGUGCAUCCUUGAUAAAGUCUUCCCUGUUGCCUCUGACAUAGAAUUGAAGAAAUUCAGGUGAGGUAAAGCAUGGAUCCACCUUGUUAUAGCAAUAUAUGAAUCCCAGAACAAUUGUCCAUCAUGUAACUAAAUCUUCUUACACUGUAUAUUCUGCAGUAAUCUGUUUUUCAUGAAAACGGCAAAGGAUUUCCGUGAUGGCCACAUCUGGUUUUCUGUGAUCAGCCGGCCUCCAACGAGCACCUUCACAUGUGUCCAGCGAGUCUCCUGCUGUUUCUCUCUGCUGCUCUGCACCAUGCUGACCAGCAUCAUGUUCUGGGGCAUCCCUACCGACCCCUCUGAGCAGACCAUGGACCUGGGUAUGGACGCCUGCACAGUAUUGAUGGCAUUUGCAAAUGGUAGGUUUUCAGAACAAUAACUCUUUCUUCUUUUUACUCCUGUAGGUCAUAUCGAGUUCACAUGGCAGCAGGUGAUGAUUGGAAUUCAGAGUUCAAUCAUAAUGUUUCCAAUUAAUCUCCUCAUUGUGAGUAUCUUCAGAAACACCCGCCCCCGAGAGACGAAGCCUGGAAAGCCCAAGGCAGAGGGGUCCAAGCAGGGGAAGACUGGCAGAGUGUCUCCCUCACAGCCCCCCUCCCCACAGAGGGAGAGAGAACUCACACCAGACACUGUCAUCAAGGUAAAAUAAGUAAAUAAUUGUAACAUAAUUUAUGAUCAAGAGUCAGCCUGUUUGCCUCGCCACAUCAGCAAAGCUGUUAAUACAGUGCAUUCGGAAAGUAUUCAGACCCCUUCCCCUUUUCCGUAUUUUGUUACGUUCUAGACAUAUUCUAAAAUGGAUUAAAUAACAAAAAUCCUCAUCAAUCUACACACAAUACGCCAUAAUGUCAAAGCGAAAACAGGUUUUUAGAAAUUGUUGGAAGUGUAUUAAAAAUAAAAAACAUAAAUACCUUAUUUACAUAAAUAUUCAGACCCUUUGCUAUGAGACUCGAAAUUGAGCUCAGGUUCAUCCUGUUUGCAUUGAGUCCACCUGUGGUAAAUUCAAUUCAUUGGACAUGAUUUGGAAAGGCACACACCUGUCUAUAUAAAGUCCCACAGUUGACAGUGUAUGUCAGAGCAGAAACCAAGCCAUGAGGUCAAAGGAAUUGUCCGUAGAGCUCAAGAGGCAGGAUUGUGUUGACGCACAGAUCUGGGGACGGGUACCAAAAAAUGUCUGCAGCAUUGAAGGUCCCCAAGAACACAGUGUCCUCCAUCAUUCUUAAAUAGAAGAAGUUUGGAACCACCAAGACUCUAGAAUCGGGGGAGAAGGGCCUUGGUCAGGGAGGUGACCAAGAACCCGAUGGUCACUCUGACAGAGCUCCAAGUGUUCCUCUGUGGAGAUGGGAGAACCUUCCAGAAGGACAACCAUCUCUGCAGCACUCCACCAAUCAGGCCUUUAUGGUAGAGUGGCCAGACAGAAGCCACUCCUCAGUAAAAGGCACAUGAGAGCCCGCUUGGAGUUUGCCAAAAGGCACCUAAAGGACUCUCAGACCAUGAGAAACAAGAUUCUCUGGUCUGAUGAAACCAAGAUUGAACUUUUUGCCUGAAUGCCAAGUACCUGGCACCAUCCCUACGGUGAAGCAUGGUGGUGGCAGCAUCAUGCUGUGGGGGAUGUUUUUCAGAGGCAGGGACUGGGAAACUAGUCAGGAUCGAGGGAAAGAUGAACGGAGCAAAGUACAGAGAGAUCCUUGAUGAAAACCUGCUCCAGAGCGCUCAGGACCUCAGACUGGAGUGAAGGUUCACCUUCCAACAGGACAACGACCCUAAGCACACAGCCAAGACAACGCAGGAGUGGCUUUGGGAUAAGUCUCUGAAUGUCCUUGAGUGGCCCAGCCAGAGACCGGACUUGAACCCGAUCGAACAUCUCUAGAGAGACCUGAAAAUAGCUGUGCAGCGACACUACCCAUCCAACCUGACAGAGCUUGAGAGGAUCUGCAGAGAAGAAUGGGAGAAACUCCCCAAAUACAGGUAUGCCAAGCUUGUAGCAUCAUACCCAAAAAGACUCUAGGCUGUAAUCGCUGCCAAAGAUGCUUCAACAAAGUACUGAGUGAAGGAACUGACAUUAUGGGGUAUUGUGUGUAGCUUCAUGAGGGAAUAAAACAAUUGAAUACAUUUUUUAAUAAGGCUGUAACGUAACAAAAUGUAGAAAAAGUCAAGGGGUCUUUCUGAAUACGUUAUUCUCUCAGGACAUAAAGAAGCUUGCUCAGUCACUCUCCAAGGCUAUGAAGAGCCCCAUUCCACGCCUGGAGUUAGAGAUGAAGCCUGGACAACAAACUGAUAUCAACACUCUGCUCUCUCUGGUGGAGGACAUCAUCCGGAAGCAGAACCGAGCCGGUGGGGAGUUCUACACUGAUGCCUCCAAGAAAGAGGGGGCGCUCAUUCUCUCACUAGGAGUAGCUAAUCUGCAAGGUACAGCCCAGUUGGGGGGGGGGGGGGGGGGGGGGGGGUUGUCUGCAUUGCACUGCUGGUUGAUCUGAUAACAUGUUCUGGUAGCAUGUCCAGAGAUGCAAUAUUUACAGUAUAUAGUGGCCAAAGUUUAAUCAAUCAAUCAAAUCGUAUUUAUAAAGCCCUUUUACGUUUACAUUUUAGUCAUUUAGCAGACGCUCUUAUCCAGAGCGACUUACAGUUAGUUUUAUAUAUUUUUGGGGGGUCAUACUAGCCCCCCGUGGGAAUCGAACCCACAACCCUGGCGUUGCAAACGCCAUGCUCUACCAACUGAGGUGGAGAUUAUAAUAGUACAUGGCCAUUAAGGCCAGAUUUUUCUCCAAGAUGUUCAAAUGUUCAUAGAUGACCAGCAGGGUCAAAUAAUAAUCACAGUGGUUGUAGAGGUUGCAACAGGUCAGUACAUCAGGAGUAAAUGUCACUUGGCUUUUCAUAGCCGGGCAUUUAGAGGUUGAAAUAGCAGGUGCGGUAGAGAGAAAGAGCUGAAAACAGCAGGUCUGGGACAAGGUAGCACGUCCGGUGAACAGGUCAGGGUUCCUUAGCCGCAGGCAGAAGAGUGGAAACUGGAGCAGCAGCACGACCAGGUGGACUGGGGACAGCAAGGAGUCAUCAGGCCAGGUAGUCCUGAGGCAUGGUCCUAGGCCUCAGGUCCUCCGGGAUGUCAGUCAGCCAAAGGAUAAUCAUAUGAUAUAUGGCUUAAACCGAAACUCAGAAUUUAUAACCAGAUUAAAAACAGCUAGGAUCCAGAACCCUCUGUCACCUUACAAGAAACCAAUUGCCUCUGGCAAUUAAGGUAAGUAGCUUAGUGGGUAAGAGCGUUUUGCCAGUAACCGAAAGGUCGCUGGUUCUAAUCCCCGAGCUGACUAGGUGGAAAAACCUGUCGAUGUGCCCUUGAGCAAGGCACUUAACCCUAAUUGCUCCUGUAAGUCGCUCUGGAUAAGAGCGUCUGCUAAAUGACAAAAAAAAUAAAAAAAGGUUUAACGCAAUAAUUGAAGAAGAGCAGCUAGGGGACGAUUUAGGGGAGGUUGAGAAUUAACUGUACUUUACAUUUUGAUUUACAUGAUAUUAAGAGUAACCUUGUUUGAUAAAAUUCAACAACUGAAACCAGAAAUAUUAUUGGUUAGAUACGAAGAGAAACUGGAAUGGUAAUUUAGAAAAGAAGUGUUCCUGGUUACAAAUGUUGUUUCCAAAGCAUGGAAGAUACAUCAAGAUAAGCUACACUCAGUAUACACAACAUUAAGAACCCCUGAUCUUUCCAUGAAAUAGACUGACUAAGUGAAUCCAGGUGAAUGCUAUGAUCCCUUAUUGAUGUCACUUGUUAAAUCCACCUCAAUCAGUGUAGAUGAAGGAGAGGAGACAGGUUAAAUACGGAUUUGUAAGCCUUGAGACAAUUGAGACAUGGCUUGUGUAUGUGUGCCAUUCAGAGGGUGAAUGGGCAAGACAAAAUAUUUAAGUGCCUUUGAACGGGGUAUGGUAGUAGGUCCCAGGUGCACCGGUUUGAGUGUAUCAAGAACUGCAAUGCUGCUGGGUUUUUCACGCGCAACAGUUUCCCGUGUGUAUCAAGAAUGGUCCACCACCCAAAGGACAUCCAACCAACUUGACACAACUGUGGAGUCAACAUGUGCCAGCAUCCCUGUGGAAUGCUUAACAAACCUUGUACAGUCCAUGCCCAGACAAAUUGAGGCUGUUCUGAGGGCAAAAGGGGGUGCAACUCAAUAUUAGGAAGGUGUUCCUAAUGUUUUGUUCCUAAUGUUUUGUACAUUGUUUUUGUCAAAAUUGUUCAAGCUCAGUAAAUUUGGUUGGGAAUAAUUUAUGGACAACAAUAUUCAAACCUUGUCUCUGAUUUUUAAGCUAAUUUAAGUCAGGACUGAGACUGGACCACUCAGGAACACUCAAUACCUAUUGGAAAGCCAAUCCGGUGUGUCUUUGGCAAUACCCAUAACAUGAUGCUGCCACCACAAUACUUGAAAAUACAGAGGAUCAACAACAUUGCAUUCACUCCACAUCACUGGCCUGUAUGACAAAGUGAAAAGAAGGAACCCUGCGUAAAAACAUCCACUCCAAAUCAUCCAUUCUGUUUGCAACAAGGCAGUUAAGUAAUACUGCAAGUCAACACGGCAAAGAUAUGAACCUUUAAAAAUGACAUGCUUUGGUCAAAUACAACACAGAGUGAAGCCCUCUGUAAUUUCAAGUAUUGUGGUGGCAGCAUCAUGUUAUGGGUAUGCUUGUCACCGGCAGGUAAUGGGGAGUUUGUCAGGAUCAAAAUAAAUAUGAAAGGAGCAGUUUAAUUUUGACUGGGGAGUUUGUAUGCAUGCAUAUAUAUCAUUAUUUUCUUUGCUACUGCAGAUACAGUGUCUUACAAGCCCAUGUGGGCUGGGCAUCUUGAAAAUGCAAGACACUUUCAUAAUGUAAUAAAUCAAAUCAAUCAAUGCUGUGUUUUCAGAGACCAGCCUGUGUGGGAGCCCUGAGAAGACUGGGGAUGGGAGCCAGAAAAGGAGCAACAACAGCCAGUAUCUGUACAGGCAGCUACGUCAUGUAGAGAAGGAGCUGAGCCUACUGGGACCCUCUCGCUUCCCCAACCCAGACAGCUACUGCCGGGCAGUGCAGCAGGUCCAGGGCAUGAAGGGACUGCUAGAGUCUUCCAGCCUUGGAGGGGACCAGCUGGCUCGAAGCCCCAGCCCAGCAGAGAGCAGUGAGGGAGACAGCAGCAGUAAGAAGCAGGGCGGGCUUCCCUGGUGGUUUGUGUUUAUUGGCUGGAUACUGGUGUUAGCCACCAGCGGAGUAUCAGGAUACUUCACCAUGAUGUAUGGGCUGACCUAUGGGAAGGACCGCUCUAUAAGCUGGCUCAUCUCCAUGGUUGUGUCUUUCUUUGAGAGCCUCUUCAUCACUCAGCCGCUGAAGGUGAGACCUACAGUACAAUACAUCCUGUACAAUGUAAAAUGUCCUGCCUCAUGUAUCUGAAAUCUGGGUAUUACUUUGUGGAUUUCCUAUCACAGGUGCUAGGUUUUGCAGCCUUCUUUGCUCUCGUUCUGAAGAAAGUUGAUCAGGAGGAGUAUGGGGAUCCAAAGUUUGAGGGGGAGCUCCGAAACCCAGGUGCUUUAUCUUAAAGCUAAUUUCCCAUAUUUCAGGCAUAACAGCAUAUCCUUUCUGCUUUCCUUAUUCGUUAUGGAUAUUCUGUUUACUUGUAUAUGAGCAAGCUAAGACUAGAUACAGCUUGUUUUCACCUUUUACAACCAUCUUGUCCACAGAUGACCCUGAUGCAGUGUGGGCUGUCAGGAGGGAUAGCACAUGCAGCUUCUACCAGCCCCCUCCUCCCACAGACAUCGACAGGAUGAGGAACAACAUGAUCAAGGAGCAGAAGGUCUUCGCCCUCAUCAAAGAGAUUCUCAGUAAGAUGAACCGCUUUUUCAUUCACUGCACUGUCAUUCACCGCACCUAUUGGUUAACAUACAUGCUUAAGGCCUAUGAUUCUUUUGCAGCCUACAUGGGGUUCAUGUGGAUGUUGCUCCUGGUGGCGUAUGGUCAGAGGGACCCUAACGCUUACUUCCUGACUCAGCACAUUCGGCAGAGCUUCAGCCAAGGGAUCUCAGACAGCAUGAGCCACGGAAAUGUGUUCACCUGGGCAAAUACCUCUCUUCUCAGCAACCUCUUCGGAGAGAACCCAGGUAGCAUUCUCAAAAGAGGAGGUUUAUUUCAUAGAGAACGUUAAUUUCUAGAAGGUUAAAGAGAAAUUGUAUAGAUGAAAGCGUGCUAGCGUUUUGUCUUUUAGUUAUUCUUUGCCUUAACAUUUUCUGCAUGCUGUGUUAUAGGUUUCAUCACAGAUGGGAACUCCAAACUGGUUGGUAAUGCCCGUCUUCGCCAGGUGAGGGUGCAGAAGAACUCCUGCCGCAUCGCCCGCUCCAUGCGCCAGUCUGUUCCUGACUGUCAUGCUCCAUACUCAUGGGAGGUGGAGGACAUGGGCUCCUAUGGGCCAGGCUGGAACCGCUCGGGGAGUGAAAACACCUCAAAGACCCUCCGCAGCCCCUGGCAAUACCAAACCCAGGCCCGACUCAGAGCCCAACCUAUCUGGGGUAGUGUGGUUCUCUACCGGGGAGGGGGGUUUGUGGUGGACCUGGGCCCUGACUCACAGAACGCUAGCAGGUAAAUUAACAUUGACCAAAUGUUUUAAAAUUAUCAGAGUUAUCAAACCAUAUUUGUGGUAGAGAAAUAUGUUAUUUUAUUCAUGCAUGUCUUCUGUCCCUGCAGUACCCUUCAGUAUCUGUUUGACAACACCUGGCUUGAUAUGUUCACCCGGGCAGUCUUUGUAGAGUUCACCGUGUACAAUGCCAAUGUCAACCUCUUCUGCAUUGUCACACUCAUGCUGGAGACCACAGCUGUAGGUGAGACAGUUGUUAUAUCACUCCAUGAAUACAGCACAAAGUAAGUAUUUAAAGGCACCCAAAGCUCAGAUUGUCAGCACCUGUCUUAUUCUCUCAGGAGCGUUCCAGUUUCGCAGUGAGCUGCAGAGUGUCCGACUGUACCAGUCCACCGGUGGACUCCACAUCUUUGUCAUGGCCUCUGAGGUCAUCUAUUUCCUCUUUAUCCUCUACUACAUGUUUGUUCAGGUAAGCUGUAAUUUAAAUACCUUUCUUAUGUGUAAAGAGUAUAAAAUCAGUGCCACAAUGGUCUAGUGCCAUUGUUCUGGAAUUCCUCCUCAGUCUAACUCUUCUCAUCUCCUCACAGGGAAAGCUGAUGAAGCAGCAGAAGUGGGCUUACUUCAAGACAAAGUGGAACCUGCUGGAGCUUGCCAUCAUCCUCCUGAGCUGGAGCGCAUUGUCUGUCUUCAUCAAGAGGACCCUGUUAGGGAACCGGGACAUGGAGUACUACCACAACCAUAAAGACCAGUGAGUUCACACUGGGUUGGGGUAUCAUGGGUUUCUGCUUUACUUUCGCUAGUCUUUUAUCCCUAUUGUUGGUCAGUUGCUUCUGUGUGAUGUUAAACUUCUCCGCUCUCUGUCCAGGUUUGCCAGUUUCCAUGAAACAGCCAUAGCAGAUGCAGUGCUGGGGUAUCUGAUCGCAUUCCUGGUGCUACUGGCUACAGUCAAACUGUGGCAUCUGCUGAGGCUCAACCCCAAGCUACACAUGAUCACAGCCACACUGCAACGGGCCUGGACAGACAUAUCAGGCUUCCUCGUGGUCAUCACCAUUAUGUUCCUGGCCUAUUCUAUUGCUGUAAGGGUCUUUCUGAAACACCUAGCCUAUAAGUUGUCCAUGGUGCUGUCAUUCUCCAACUUCAUCCUCAUUCUCUUCUUAUGUGAUGUUGUGCUUGUGUAUGAUGGGUGUCCCCUUGACUUGCAGUGUGAGUGACUAAACUGUGAUCAUUCUCCGUCUGCAGUCUAAUCUGAUGUAUGGCUGGAAGCUGUACUCAUAUAGGACUCUCCUGGAUUCUGCUCUAGCCAUGGUCAGCUUGCAACUGGGCAUCUUCAACUAUGACGAGGUUAGUAGAGGACAGCUCUACUAGACUGAUUACUGCUGUAGUCAUGAUGGUAGCGUUGUGAUUAAAUUCUGUAACUUCUCCUUCUAAUCCAGGUUCUUGAUUACAACCCGGUGCUUGGUGCGUUCCUCAUCGGCUCCUGCAUUAUAUUCAUGACCUUUGUGGUUCUGAACCUGUUCAUCUCUGUCAUCCUGGUGGCGUUCACUCAAGAGCAAAUGCAUCACAAGGUACUGUGCAUCAAUCUUACACUAUGUAAAAUUAACCUUGUUCUGGUCAUAUUAGGUCUUAUUUGAACAUCAAUAUAUCAGAAUCAACCGGGACCAAUACCUUAAUACAUUUCGACUGAGGCGGUCACUUGACUAUCCAUUCUGAGCUGUCUGUUCACUGUUCCACAGCCCUCAGAGGAGGAGGAGAUAGUGGAUCUGAUGCUGAUGAAGCUCUGCAACUUGUUUGGAAUCAAAAUUAAGAAGAAGGAAGACAGUGACAGCCCCAAGGAGAAUGGCAUGACUGCCUCAGCAACUAACAAAGGAUUCUUCACUAUAUCCUCAUAG